ACUUCAGAUAACAAAGCCAGAUCAGCAUCAUCAAUUCUACACUGAAGACAGCAUGAAGACUCUCAGCUUCACAGUGGGACUCCUGCUGCUGCUCGCUGCUUCCUACUGCACUGCCAUGCCACAUGGAGUGAAUGAAAUAGCACCCGUACGGUGCUGCUUCAAAUUCUACACAGGAGGGAUGCGGCAGGCAGAAAUCAUCAACAUCAUCAAGACUCACAGCAGCUGUCGUGAAAAGGGAUUUGUGGUCAGUACUGCCACAGGGCGCGAGAUCUGCGUCAGCCUGAAUCUGAAAUGGGCACAGAGAGCUUUCAAUCAACAGCAAGCCGAUGAGGUCUAAUGAUUUAUUUUUUGCUGAGUACUUUCAUGCAGCUACGAACUAUUUCAAUGAUUAAUCCCAAAGGCCCUUGUUUUGCUCUAUUCUUGAUAAUCACAUUUUCAUUUUACAAAAUGUAUUGAUAUAUGGAUUAAUAAAAUUAAAAAUAAAUAUGUAUAAAAAACUGGUCACAGUGGGGCCACAGAAUGUGUGAUUUAAAUAAAAAUAUUAUUACAU